AUGGAUCUCCGUGUGGGCGGCAAAUACCGCCUUGGCAAAAAGAUUGGCAGCGGCUCCUUCGGUGACAUUUACCUCGGUGUAAACAUUAUCUCUGGCGAGGAGGUCGCUAUCAAGCUCGAGUCCGUCAAGGCCAAGCAUCCUCAGCUCGAGUAUGAGAGUAAAGUCUACAAAACGCUCGCUGGCGGCGUCGGUGUACCAUUUGUCCGGUGGUUCGGUACCGAGUGCGACUACAAUGCCAUGGUCCUCGAUCUCCUCGGCCCCUCUCUCGAGGACUUGUUCAACUUUUGCAACCGCAAGUUCUCGCUCAAGACUGUGCUCUUGCUCGCUGAUCAGCUGAUAUCUCGCGUGGAAUAUAUUCACUCUCGUAACUUCAUCCAUCGCGACAUCAAACCCGACAACUUCCUGAUGGGCAUCGGAAAGCGCGGAAAUCAGGUCAACGUCAUCGACUUUGGUCUGGCCAAGAAGUACCGUGACCCGAAGACUCAUUUGCACAUCCCUUACAGGGAGAACAAGAACUUGACCGGGACCGCUCGUUACACGUCUAUUAAUACUCACUUGGGUGUCGAACAAGCUCGUCGUGAUGACUUGGAAUCGCUUGCAUAUGUGCUCAUGUACUUCCUUCGCGGGCAGCUCCCAUGGCAGGGCCUCAAGGCUGCUACCAAGAAGCAAAAGUACGACCGCAUCAUGGAGAAGAAGAUGACCACUCCCACCGAUCUUCUCUGCCGUGGAUUCCCCAACGAAUUUGGCAUCUUCCUCAACUACUGCCGUGCCCUUCGAUUCGAUGACAAACCAGACUACAGCUACUUGCGCAAACUCUUCCGCGAUCUCUUCGUCCGCGAAGGCUACCAAUACGAUUAUGUCUUCGAUUGGUCGGUUCAACGCCCCGGAAACCCCGACGACAAGUCCCGCCGCAAGGUCGUUGGCGACGAGGAGGGCGGCGAACCCAAGCCCUCUGAUCGGAUUCUCAGGAGUCAAACGAGGCAAAUGGCGGCGGCUGCGGGUCAACCAACACGGCAAUCGUCUCGCCGCGAGCAGGAGGGGUACUACUAA